AUGCUCAAACUCUCCAAAACACUAAAGCCCACUGGGGAAGGAGCAUCCAAAGUGGAGUCUUUUCAGGGAGAUGAGGAAAUGGCUGGACUAAUUUCAGCUCUUCACGAGUCAAAUUCACUGUGGAUCGACACAGCGAUCCAACGAUCGGGUCUUUCACAAGCCAUCCUGCAUUCUCUUGCCACCAUCACUGAAAUCUCCCAACUGGGAGAAAAUAUGUCUCAAGUGGAGGAAAUCGAAACCCCACCACUUUGUAUGCGUCUUCUUAGGUCAAAUUAUUCUCCAGAAGGUUUUUCAAGCCUCCGGAUUCUCCUUCAAAUCACAAAUAACCUCCUUCAACUAACUGAAUCGCAUUUUGAAUCACAAGAGAGACUUUCAGUCCUAUCCACUCCAGUUGCUAAUGGCCGUGGAAGCCGAAAUUCACCUCCUACCGAUGCGGCUAAGAAGAGGAUUAGUGACUCACUUCCACAGCAAUCGACUCAAACUUAUUCUGGACUUCUUCCGUGGUGUGUUCCAAUGCCGUCAACUCUUGAAAUUGCAACGUUGAAGGCACUAGCUUCCAGGAAGUUCUCUUCUCCACUUUUGGCUCUUGUUGCUUCGUGCUAUGCAUUUGGGCCCUCGCCAAUUUGCCGGACACGGCCUCGUCAUAUAGCUACUCAAUCGAUUUUGCUGAACACUGUUAGAGUGGCUCUGAAUCCCACUACGAGAAUUGAUUUACACCCUCUGUGGUUUGAGUUCUUGAGGAAUUCUCUGGUGCAUUGGGGCUCGGCUACGGCUCUCCUGAUAAAUACAGUGAUCACGCAAAUGUCUGUGGCCAUCCAACUGCUUGCUGAACCCUUCUGCCAUGCACUUAAGCCUUCUGGAUUUUCUGAGCAUUUUUCGCCAUCGGCCUACCCUCCCGACUACACCAUUCUUCUCUUUGCCUGUUUGGAGGGCAUUCUGCACACCUUUCUCCUCCCCUUCGGCCAAUCCAAGUCCACUCUUCUGCGCGGUGUAGUGCUGGGUACCACUGCAUUGGCUCGGGAUGAGUCUCUCCUCCUCGUCUCCUCGACAAGAUCUUCACCUACCCACAGCGAUAAACAGAAGCACGCCAACAGCAACAACAACAACAACAACUCGUUUUCAUGCUCACCGACUAAUGCGCAUGGAUUAUCCAGUGGUGUGUUUGAUACACCAUGGGCUCUGAGAGACUCUCUUCAAGUGGCCGAGGCGUUGAAAGAUUUCCACUCCCUCAAUAAGUUAUCUGACUUCUCUCCUGUGGGUCAGGCGCUUCAACGUAUACAACUGGCCUUCCUCGAAGACACCUCCAUUCCUUCUACUCUUGCGGGCUCUGCUGCUCUUCUCUUUGCCGCAAGGGAUUUAAUUGCUACGGAGGUGAUGCCGAUGUCUUUAAAUUCAGUCCAGAAUUGGGCUCGAGGUCGUGCGGAGAUGUGCCACGUCUUUCCCACUCUCCUCGCAAGUCUCGCCAGUUUGUGGCUAGCUCUCAAUCAAUCCUAUGAUCCACGAAAUUCUCAACUGUCACCGGAUGAUGAUUCGGACACCUCUUUAGUCGAGACUGGAAUUGAUGCCUUGAAUGGUGAUACCUCACUUUCCAAUUCCGAAGCACCUCCCAUUCGUCGUCGGUGUGGCUUUGAUCGUCUGGCUGCUCUCACAACUUUGGGUUAUCCUGAUGUGGUGCGUCAGACAAUACACAACCUCCUGAAACCCAUAGCGCUGACUCACCCCGCCCUCGUGAUCUCCGCUUUGGCCUACGUUUGGCCUUCACUUCUCUCGCCUGCUGGCCAAAGCGGUCUAGUGAACAUGGACGUCAUGUGGCUUCUGGCUUCUUCUCCCAAUGGACUUCCUUUGACUGUUCGUCAGUGUGCACUGGUCAGCCUCAUUAGUGGAGCCCAAUGGGGAUUCCAAGAAAUCGGCAAUAAGACUGGUCGCUAUGUGAGUGUCGCCAGCUUUUCCAACGAAGACGACGACAUGGAGAAACCAAUUCCUCUUCUCAAAAAUCCCCUCGCCGUCAAAACUCUCAAAAAUCUCCUUCGCUCUCCACCAACCUCAAUGGCCCACGCCUAUGUUGUUGAUCUACCCGGGAACGGUGACUCCGCUGGGUCAUCAUCUCCUACUGAUACUAUCGUCCCUACUCAAAUGCUACAGUCCUCCCUGCUCCACUUCCUCUAUGCUUGGAUUGUUGCCACUGGAGGAAUUGACAUUUCCUACUUUCAUCUGGCGAGUAUUCAGGACUUCUUGCGUGAUGUGGUGCCACUUACGUCUGUGUCCGCUGCCAUUUCAACCGCCACUCCUGGCAGUGCCAUCACCUCCCCGAUUUCGGUUUUCAUCCUUGUCAAGCAAGAUUUAUGCCAACGUUUAAUGGAAGCGACAGCGUCUAUUGCAGGAAUGGCUCUUGAACAGGCUACUUGGUUCCGCCGUGGUCUUCAAGUGCGUUCCUCCGCGGUGGUUCCACCCUCAAUGACCUCUUCCACUCUGGAAGUGUCCACCUCAUCUGGCGUCUCCUCAAUUGCAGCCUUUCGGCCGAGUGACCUCAUGCUCCAUCCCAUUGCUUCUGAGUCUGCUCUGGGUGAAAUGAAAUUCAAUGGGAUCAGUAAUUCACCGGGAGUCCUGCAUGACUCCCUUGAAAUUGUGUCAAUCGCAUCCGCUACAGGUUAA